GCGGGGUGGUGGGGUGAUAUUUUUUAUCUACAAAAAUUUCUCCUCCUACACAAUCCACAAUAAGCAUUGAUCUGACACAGAUUGCCUAGUACUGAUCACUAACUGCUGACUCUCCGCCAUGUCUUUAGAAACAGCACCGGUGCUUUCCACACCGGACACCCGUCUUCUCGAGGCCACCGACCCGGUGGUUGCCCGCGAGACAACCUCCAGCGGCAGUCCACGCUUGUCGGACGACGAGCUCUGCAUCACCUACGACAUCGAGCGUACGCUGCAGGAGAUCCGACGGGAGCGGUAUAAGCGGAUUGCCCUGCAGUUUCCGGAUGAGAUGCUGCCGGACGCCCCGCGGGUGUUCCAACUGCUCAGUCGCGGGGUCCAGGAGGGAGGAGGGAGGAGCGAGGACAGGAACAAUACUGCAGAGAAUGGGUCUGGAGAGGGGGAUGCCGGGGAUGCGGCAGCAGCUGAGCUGGUACGCUCUGCAGACCGUCUGGACGUCAGUGACAGGGACGGUCCGGCCCAGUUCUACAUCCUGGCCGACACCUCGUACGGGACCUGCUGCGUGGAUGAGGUGGCUGCCGAACAUGUGAACGCCGACGUCGUGGUGCAUUACGGCCGGUCGUGUCUGUCGCCCACGGCUCGACUGCCGGUGAUCUACGUCUUUACGCAUCGCGAACUGGCUCUGGAUCCGCUGGUUGCGGCGUUCCAGUCCACCUAUCCAGAUCGGGGGACCAUGGUGGUCCUGGCCGCCGAUGCGCCCUACGCCGACCAUAUCCCUGCCGUGCACGCCCGACUGGUCCAGGACGGAUACACGCAUGUGUUUGCGACGGAGCUGGUGCACGACCCGGCCUCGGCGAUCCCCAAUCGCACCGUGCCGCAGUCUGUGCGGGAGAAGCCAGAGUCCCUGGCGGACUGGCAGCUCUUCCACAUCGCCGAACCGCCCACUGCGCUGCUCCUGACGCUCGCAUCGCGAGUGGCGGCCAUCCACAUCUACCCGACGGACAGCAGUGGCUCGGUGGUGAGUGCGUCGGCGGCGGCGACGCUUCGCAGGCGGUACGCCAUCCUGACGCGGCUGAGCACCGCUCCCGUCUUUGGCAUCUUGGUCAACACGCUCAGCGUGAAGAAUUACCUGCACAUCGUGGACCACGUGCGCGAGCGGAUCGCCGCGGCGGGCAAGAAGAGCUAUCUCUUCGUGGUCGGCAAGCUGAACGCGGCCAAGGUAGCCAACUUUAGUGAAGUCGGCGGCUGGAUUGUCAUCGGGUGCUGGGAGAGCUCGCUCGUCGACAGCAAGGACUUCUGGAAGCCUGUCAUCACCCCGUUCGAGCUGGAGAUGGCCCUGCAGAGUGAUGACGAGCGGGUCUGGACGGGGGCCUGGCAAAGCGACUUUCAGUCCGUUCUCGACUCCAAAAAUCCCGGCCCUCCACCGACCGCCGCUAACGGAGAAACCACCACCACCACCACCACCACCACCAACGACGACAACGACGACGACUUCGAGUCUGCACCCCCCGAGUUUGACCUCCGGACCGGUCGCUACGUCUCCAAUUCCCGGCCGAUGCGGGAUCCCGCCCCGCGCGCGACCGGCGCGUCGGCCUUGACACGGCGAGCCCGAGGCGACCUGGCCCUGGUCGCAGGCACCCUCUCCCCCGGAGCCGAAUUCCUGCACACCCAACGGACCUGGACAGGGCUAGGCAGCGACGUGCAGUACGAGGAGGACCGCGACAGCACCCUGGUAGUCGAGGGGCGCAAGGGCAUUGCAAGGGGAUACACCGUGGGAGACUCCGACCGACACUAGACGCCUUUUUUGUCUACUACAGCUGCCACUCUACAUUAGCUAGACUUCCAAACUAUUGCCUAUAGUUCCCUCUCCUACAUAUCUCUAUGGUCAAUGCGUAUUAUUUCCUAUUCUCCUGGCCGUCCUUGCUUGCCCAUGACAUAAUCACC